AUGCUUACCAAUUUUUGGCCGUUCAAAGGAGGAAUCAAAGGAAUCAAUGGAUCUCCAACAAACAUUACUGGAAUUGGAAAAUUGUCACUGCCAAUACCCAGCACCACUGAUCGAAUUGAAGUAGAUGCCGUGGUUGUACCUACUUCUCCAUUCAACAUCAUGCCACCUCAACUGGUAUGGCCCCGCCAUAACGACAGCGAGUACAAGAUUGCAUUCACAGCACCAAGCCAAAAGGAGCAGCAUGAAAUCAAUGUGAAGAUUGACGACAGAGACUUGUUUGUAUUUCGAUCAGAGCCUGGUUACAAGAACUUUUGCAUGAGUACCAGCACUGAUGAAUGCAAUCCUGCUACCAAGUGUGGAUGCGAUCACAACUGGCAUGCGUACUCAGGGACGACUCACUUCAAGUCCAAAGCCACAAUUGUUUCUAUCGAUUCAGAUUCUGAGGGAGCUCCAAUGACAGCAUCUGAGGGAGCUCCACCAAGUCCAAGUUUGGUAACUGAGGGAGACUCAUCGGCAAUCGAGGGAGCCUCCACUGAAGGAAACUCAUCGGCAAUUGAGGGAGCCUCAACAAAGCAGCCAGACAUACAGCCUCGACAAGUCACCUUUGACGACCCCAACCUUGCCAAAGGAGCAAAAACUUUUGAUCCAGAUAUUGCCAUGACUCAACAAAACCAGCUCCGACUGUUCAUCCUCCAUGAACGAUACGGACAUCUCCCUUAUCCAAAGCUACAGAUGAUGGCUCGAGCUGGAAUGAUUCCCAGGGAGCUGACAAGUGUUGAUCCACCUAAGUGUCCUGGUUGUGCAUACGGAAAAGCACAUCGAAAGCCUUGGAGAAACAGUAAGAAGCAGCGCAAAAUCAAGCCUGCCACUCAUUCAGGACAAGUCGUCAGCGUCGAUCAGUUGAUCAGCCCAACCCCAGCUUUUGUUCCAACUCAUCGAGGCACCCCAACGCUUGCCCGAUACGUUGGAGCCACUGUAUUUGUGGACCACUUCACCGACUUCACAUAUGUACACUUGAUGACGGCAAUGAAUGCAGAGGAAACCGUUCUUGCAAAACUUGCGUUUGAACAAGAGUGUGCUACUCAUGGAGUGUCCAUCCGACAUUACCAUGCUGAUAACGGAUUAUUUGACACCAAGGCCUUUCGCAAUUCAAUUAUUAAGGCCGGUCAAGGUUUGACGUUCUGUGGUGUCAAUGCGCACCAUCAGAAUGGGAAAGCGGAGAGAAAGAUUAAAGAAGUGACAGAAGGGGCGAGAACUGCAUUGAUUCAUGCUGCUCAUCGAUGGCCGGAUGCCAUUCAUGCAGCUCUGUGGCCAGCCGCUCUCAAGAACUACACUAAUCUGAAGAAUUCGCUUCCAACCAAAUACACGCCUGAAAUCAAAGUAAGAAGACGCAUCAAGCAACAUGCCAAAUACAAAGAAUCUCCCAUAUCGAAGAUGGCCCAAGUUGAAGUGGAACCAAAUCUUGAUCAUUUUCACCCUUUCGGAUCUCCGGUGUACGUGCUUGAAGACAGCUUACAAGCCCAACAUUCGCACAACAAAUGGGCGGAUCGGAGUCAAGUAGGCAUAUUCCUUUGCCACUCUCCCAAUCAUGCAUCCAGUGUCCCGUUAGUGCUAAACACGAGAACAGGCAACGUGUCUCCUCAGUUCCAUUGCAUCUACGACGAUGCUUUUGACACUUGUAAGAGAGAUGUUCAUUUUACCUCAUCUUGGCAACGCAAGAAAGCUCAGUUACACAGAGACAAGACAAAGGAAGUCAUUGACCUUCCAUCUACUGAUCUCUUUGCUAAGAAUCAGAAUCAACAGGAGCUUCCGCUGCCGGUUGUACCCCAAUUCAUCACACAAUGGGACGACAAACAUACCAUUGGAGAACUGACCGACGACUUCAACACUACUGAAGAUCCCAAGACAAUUACCUCUCCUCCGGGAGAAAACCAAGAAUCUGAACAUGCAUCAAUUCAGGAACCCGAAAUACGCAGGACCAGAUCGGGACGACAUUCCAGACC